GAGACACGGCUCCACUAUAAAGGUCUGUUAUCUCAUCAGGUCUCAGCCCCUCCGUCCUGACUGACCACCCUCAUCUGCAGCACUGGCUCUCUAAGCAGAAUGGUUUGGCUUGCUUGGGUGCUCUUUGGCAUGCAGGUGCUUUGCUCCUGCACUGCUGCCCCUCCUGCCCAAGGAGCAGGGGCUGCCCUGCUCUGCCCCCGCUGCGAUGAUGCCGCAGUGGAGGAGGCUGCAGACCUGGCCCUCCGCCAGAUCAAUGCUGACCGAGAAGAGGGCUACGUACUCAGCCUCUACAGAAUUGUCAGUGCCCUAGAACAGCCGCAGGAGAUCACUGGUUCUGUCUUCUAUCUCAUCUUGGAUGUCGUAGAUACUGAGUGCCAUGUACUCAGCAAAAAGUUGUGGAAGAACUGUAACACCAGACCUGCUCAUUCAACUGUUUACGGUCAAUGCAAAGCAAUUAUCUAUAUUAAUCAGGCAAGAAAUAUUGCUCAUCUGAAUACUUAUGAGUGCACUUUACAACCAGUUCCAGGCAAAUAUAUUUGGUCAGUGUGUCCCGACUGCCCAGUUGAUGAUUCUCCAACUAAGCCUGAAUACUUGGAGGCUGCUGUCCGAAGCCUUGCCAAGUUCAAUGGAGAGAGUGAACAAACUCAUUACUUCUCAGUCCUCAAUGUCACAAGAGCUUCAAUGCAGUGGGUCAUUGGUCCUGCACAUUUUGUGGAGUUUUUAAUUCAGGAGACAUCUUGCUCCAAAGAUGAUGUGGUUGCUGACAUCUCAGUGUGUGAGCCACUUCCACCAGAAGUAGCUAAAAUCGGUUUCUGCAAAGGCUCCGUAGUAAACAGUCGUGCGGAACGGUUUGUCACAAUAUCCUGUGAAAUCUUCAGUCAGCAGGAUCCUGCCACUGAAGAGGAAAACCAGGAAGCUAAUCAGACACCUGGAAAAUCCAUGCAGGAUCAACAGGCUUCCCCUUCAGAUGCCAAUCCUUUUUCCCCACACCUGGAAAAAACAGUGGGCUGGGUUAAAAUUCUACCCCCUUCAAAUGAGGACAUCACUUUCCAUAGCCUAAGAGAAAGUCAAAAUGAACAUAAAGACAGAAAGCCAGUUCUUCCUAAGGCUGUAGGAUCUGCCCACAGGUGUGAUGGAGAAAAGUCUCAAGUAAACAAGCCAGAUUUAACCAAACCAGUCACUGGACCCAUUCUUCUCCCUUUUCCUGAAGAACCUUCUCUAUCAGAUUCAUGUCCAGGAGAAGCAAAGCAGACAGAAGGCAUCCUCCAUCCUCUGAUAACUAGAAAGCCUACCACAGUCUAGGCAGUGCCCAAGCACCUCAACUAUCCGCAACAAAAUAACAGCAAAAUGGCAACACGGUUUUCAAUUUGUGUAGCACCUUCAAAUAAAUAAAUAUUUUGUUACAGUCA